AUGCCAACCGUGGUGUUCCUGCUGUCACCUCCACUGGGUUCCAGUCACGAGUUCCACCCGCUCAGCAGCAGCGCACCUCACCGAGCACAGCCGUCCUUCAGCGCUGAUCCCUCGGAUUCCCUCCCUCACCUGGCUACAGCGUCCACCAACCUACCCCGCUGGAUCACCCCCCUGCCUCUGGGCUCACCCGUCACUCUCCCUCCCUGUUUCUGGUACCAGGAGAACGCCAGUCGCAGCGACGCCCAGCGGAGCCUCAUAUCUCAGCCCGUGGGAGCCUUUCUGAUCCGAGGCAGCCAGAACGCAAUCCCCGGGAACUUCUCCCUCUCCGUCAGACACUCAGCAGACGUGCAGCACUUCAAGGUGCUGCAGGACAGCAGAGGGCAGUAUUACCUCUGGUCGGAAACGUUUCCUUCUCUCAACAAGCUGGUGGACUAUUAUAAGAGCACCUCGAUCUCCAGAACGAGUCACAUAUUCCUGCAGGAGACACAAACAAAGCAAAGAGAAGACUCGGAUAACCUGCCACAUCUCCCUGCUCCUGUUAACACUCAUCCAGACCGUGUGCCUUCCCCUGCACCACGUCAGCGCAAAGCCUCCCCCGCGGUGCAGGUCAGAGCUCUGUACGAUUUCCAGGCGGAGGAGACGGACGAGCUGGAGUUCAGCGCCGGCGAUAUCAUCGAGGUCCUUGAGUCGUCUGACCAGCACUGGUGGAAAGGCCGGCUGAGGGGCAAGACGGGCGUGUUCCCCUCCAGCUACACCAAACCCAUCUGA